GCUUCCACCGUCAGCGCCGGAGCAGAGCAGGGGAGCCCUGGCAACAAGGAGAGACACACACUCAGCAGCCCAUUACACCCUACAGGAAUGGUGACAGCACCUGCAGACAGACAGACGUGGACAGACAGAAUAGGCACCCAGAACACUUCCCUCUCAUUGGUGGAAAGAUCCAGAGCACGCACAACGAACGGAGGCUCCAAUUGGUCAACGGCUUUCAUCUGAAUAGCAAGCUCCACCCACUCCACCCAACUAGCCCCUCCUCCUUCGCUCAGGGAGUGCUGAGUCGCUGAGUCAAAGCAUUGCAUUCUGGGACUUUCUCGAAUGGGCUGUACCACCCGCUGACAAACCAGGGGGGGUCUGAAGGAGCUCUGUUGAAUGAGGUCUGUGCUGUGUGUGGGCAGGCUUGCUUUCCAAGGGAAAUGAUUCCGCAUGAAGUGCAACGCGCUCGGCCCCCCGUCGUCCUCGACGGCAGCAGCAGGUGUGACUCCGUGGCACUCUUCCCUACAACGCUGAGCUCACCCUCCAGACGCUAAAGACCCCUGGACCGAACAGAUCACCCCACCCCCCCACUUUAACCGCCCCUCCAUAUCUUCACCUCCAUUUUCAGUCCUUCUUCACCUGCUUUUUGGAGCCUCGGUAUUUCUUUCUCAACUUGGAAAAGUCCUGGAAAAUCGGUGGGCUUUGGUAAACUUAACAGAGAGGGAAAGAGAACAAUAGAUUUUCAGUGAAAGUGGGAAGGUUGAGUCAUAAAAUAAAAGAGGGUGAGGUAAAGGACAGAAGAUCAAAAGUGACGCAAGGAGAAAGGAAAGUCAGGGAGAGACGGACUGACAGAAAGAAAGAUAGACAUCCACAAGUCAAAGAAAGAUAACGCAAGUGUAUAGCAGAGAGACGUGAGGUGAAACCAGCAUGAAGUCCAACCAGGAACGCAGCAAUGAAUGUCUGCCCCCAAAGAAGAGGGAGAUCCCCUCAAGCACAUUAGCAUCUGAAGAGCGCCCUCUUGCUAUGCCACCUGCCAGUGACAGCCAGCGCACAGAAAACUUGGCCUGGCUCGCCAGCGUGGCUGGUGGCAAUGAGAGCGGUGUGGGUGGGCACCGGAGCACCAGUGAAUCAGAAGCGCCCCAGUACAAACCCCUCUCCUCCAUGUCAGACUCUUUUUCCUCCUCCCCCUCCUCUUCUUCCUCUUUGAGGCUAGUCUCGUCCCUGCCUACAGUGUAUACGUCCCCGCUGUCACAGUCCACGGUUGGAGGAACUAUCCAUUAUACCCAACUGCCUCCCAGUCUGCAGUUUAUAGCCUCACCUUACCCCACCCCAUACACUGGGUACAUCUCCCCUCAACUGCUCCCGCCUCCUCCUCCUCCCCCUCCCCUCUCCUCCUCCUCCUCCUCAUCUCUGGCACCACAGAGACCCUCCCAGACAGAGACAGCCUCUGCUCCCUCUCAGGCCUCAAAACUUGACCAGCAGCGAGUGUCCACAGGGCGUACCUCCAUGCCUCCGCCCCCUACAGACCCAUCCCAUCACCACGUCCAAGUGGCAGCCUCCCCCCUAAGUGGGGCCCCACGGACUGUGCCAUCGCUCCAACAUCAAGGAGGCACUCACCUUCCAACCCAGCCCCUGCACCCUCACCAUACACUGGGGCACGGUAUGUCCCAGGUUGUGGUACAGUAUGCAGACGGACCCAGUAGGAAAGAGGAAGGAGGUUCCAGACUCAGAGAGCUCCACAAUGGGGAGCUGGAGAGGGGACGCCGGUUCGGAGCUUCCCCCGAGUCCUGCCUCUCCAAAUCGGGGAGCAAAUCAAGGGACACCCCGUCUUGUUUGUCUUCAUCAGCCUACGAGACCCGCCAGCUGGUUCUGCCAUCAGACUACACUUCCCAUGAUUUCUCAGGGCUGAGAACGUCCAUCAUGCUAAUGCCCAACAGCCAUGGAGACCAUCAGCUGGUACCUCCCAGAGCCAGCCCUGAGAAGCUGCCAACCUCUGCCCAUACACACCUGGAUAAAGGUGGUAUCCUCCUGGGCAAGCCUGUCAAUCGCACCCACUCCUCCUCCAACACUUCCUCCACCUCCUCGUUCACUUUUCCACCCCCACUUAGUGCCGACAGCCUAAAGGCUGCUGUCAGCACACUGUCACCCCAGACCGUUAUCCAGACCACCCACAGCGCCUCAGAGCCACUGUCACUAGGUCUCCCCUCCACCAGUCUCUACCCCCAGCCGCCUAUCAUUGGUUAUAUUGCAGGGGGCAGUGGGAGUCAUCAGCAGCCUAUCAGCUACCACACCAGCCUUCCGCAGCACUUGCUCAUUCCUGGCACCCAACCAGUCAUUAUCCCUGUUAGUGGGGGUGGCGUCACCACCUUGGAACCUGCCACCUCCCAUAUAACGUCAUCCACGCAAGCCCAGCCAUUUCCUACAACGCUCCCACACACAUACAUUGCUGCCACUGCCCCCAAAGGAGAGACUCUGGAACCCCCCAGCGCCCCAUAUGACCAGACUCCAUCAGGGGCAGUGGUCCAAGCCCAGCUGCAGCUCCCUGUCGUUCCUGCUCCACCUGGGCUGGUCAGCCCUCCUGCUCUUCCUCCCCCGUCCGGUACGGUGGUGCCCCCUUCGCUCCCCCCAUAUUUCAUCAAGGGCUCCAUCAUCCAGCUGGCUGAUGGAGAGUUAAAACGCGUGGAGGACCUAAAAACAGAGGACUUCAUCCAGAGCGCUGAAAUCAGCAGUGAUCUGAAGAUUGACUCGUCCACUGUGGAGCGCAUUGAAGGGAGCCACAGCUCGCCCAACUUCGCCGUGGUUCAGUUCUCCGUUGGUGAGCACCGUGCUCAGGUGAGUGUUGAAGUCUUGGUGGAGUACCCCUUCUUCGUCUUUGGCCAAGGCUGGUCUUCAUGCUGCCCAGACCGGACAACUCAGCUGCUAGAGCUGCCUUGCACCAAGCUUUCUGUGGGCGAUGUUUGUAUCUCCUUAACCCUCAAGAACCUGAGGAAUGGAUCUCUGAAGAAGACCCAAUCCCUGGAGCUGGCCACCCCCACCGCUGUCCCAGCCUCCAGCCAUGGGCACCUUAAGCCCCCCAGAGCUGUCUCAGACGCUCCCCGAAGUUGCAGUGGAGGAAACUCCAGGCACGGAGAACGAGAGAAUGGUGUCAGCCAGCGGGGGAAUGGGGAGAGUGGGCGUGGAGGGGGGGCAAAUGUGGAAAAUGGGGAACUCAGGUUUGGGGAAAGAGGUUCAGUUUCUAAAGGUCAGGGUGCCACCAGCGCAGAAGCUGGCUCCAGUAAGCCAGCACCGGGCCGGAAGCGGAGAUGGUCAGCCCCUGAGGGUCGGAAAUUGGAAAAAUCAGAGGAAGAACCGCCCUUGGCCCUCCCUAAGCCUUCCUUUAUUCCACACGAGGUGAAAGUCAGCAUUGAGGGCAGAUCGAAUAUUGGCAAGUGAAGGCUAGCAGUACCGCUCAGUAACCCUUGGGAUUUGGUAAAACAAAAACGGAUUCUACAAAAAUACAUGAAUGCCCAUUAAUGUUUUAUUUCUAUUGGUUUUGAAAUUUUAUUUUCUGUUUUUAUUUUCUAUCUUGAAUUCUGUACUGUAGAGGCAAAUUUACCCUACAUGUUAUCACUUUGCAUUAUGUCCAAGUAGUUUAUAACACAUUUUGUUAGACGGAUUUGAUAUUACACAAGCAAUCGGUGCCCUUGUGGUGGUUUUCAUGAGAUGACCUUUGGUAAGGGAUUUGUGAAGUGUGCUAAAUGUUUAUUGGUGGUCGUGUGGCACAUAGAAGCAAUGCUUGAUGGCUCUGCUUGGUUGGGUGCAGUUAUAUAUUAUGUAAAUUUCAAAUUGAAAUUGCCCACAGUAAGCUUUUUGACAGCCAUUUCACUCCCUGUGCACUGCUGAUGAAACUGCUCAGGAAAAUGCCUGGACGGAGUCACUCUCCCACUACCUAGAGCCCAACAGUGUUGCCGUGGGCCUCAGAGAUGAUAUGAUGUCAGCUGAUCCUGAGAUAGAAAAGAUUUGCGGGUAAACGUUGAAAUUGUUAUAUUUGCUGAAAGAGUGGAGUGCUUCAGUGGGAGAUGUAACUUAGAAAAUGUUCUUCUCCGUGUCUAUAGCAUAAAUGUACUAUGUGUGAUUCACUAUGUCAUCAAGCUGUGCCAGACCUGACCUAUGAUGUCAUCAGGCAGCGCCAGUGUGCCACACUGUAGAGAGGGUUAGUGCUAGAUUGGACCUGCCAGAGGGAUUUUUUUUUUGCAAAACUCUUGUGAGAUUUGUGCACGUAACCUAAACCUUAACCUAACCCUAACCCUAACCGCACUCGCAAGAGGAAGACCCUCCUGGCAGAUCCAAUCUAGCAAGGACCCCGUAGAGAGGGAACAACAAUUCCUCUGUUAAGUUUGACAACAAUGGAGUCUUUAUUUUCAUCUUGAGCAUUUUUAUUUGAUUGUUUUUUUUGUUUUGUUUUGUUUUGUUUUUUUGGUCUCGUUAAUUUUCCCUCUCUCCUAUUUCACAAGAUGGGUAGAUGCUUGUUUUAAAUGUCUAAAUCCUUAAUCAGGGGUCAUUUAGUUCAAGAUUGAACCCAGGUAGGUUAAUGUAAAUGUGAUAUACCCUAACCUAACACAUACACAUACAAACAUUCUGGGUUGGCAACUUAACAUUGAGAAAAUGUUAGGGGAAAACUGCAUACAAUCUUCAUCAUUUUGAUGCAACAUUGAAUUACUUUAUAUUUUUUACCAAGAGAGGAAUCGAGAGAAUUUGCAUGUCAGUUCUGAGAGGGUCAGGAUGUUUGAAAGCAUUUGACAUACCUGUAACACUCACCAUACAGCCAACACCAUGGUUAUUUAUCAAAUUUUUUGUGUCUCUACAAUUACGCAGUACUGUAUGUUUUACUUUUUUUUUUUAUUUCUUUUUUGUCUUUUGUAGACGAGGAUAGAAAGUAGCAACAGCACUUUGGAAAGGUGAAGGGUCAUUAGGUAACGGAGUGGUUGUACCAUGGGUUCACUAGGAAAGGGACAAAUGUGACAGGUAUCAGAGAAAGUUCCAGUUACUAGAGGGACAGAGGACUUUUGAGAGGACAAAAGGAACUGGAAAUAUGACGGUUUUCAGAACUUGUGGUUGUGCAGUAAACGACUGUGGCCGCUGCUGUCAUUUGCAAUCGUAUAAGUGACAGAAUGGAUACAAAAGUUAGGGAAAGUAUUGGAAUGUGCAGAGUUUUGAAAGUUUGGCAACUGGCAUAUGGAGGAGGAAGGAAAUGGCGUUGAAAUAUCCCAAUGAUGUUCUUUACUAGACUGAGAGCAGUGAUUAGAAGCUCAGGCCACAGAAUUUUGAAGGGUGACAUAUUUGUAAUGUAUGUGUGAAUGUUUGAGUGUGCAUGAGUGCCGGUCUGUGUAUUUCCAUACACACACAAACACACACACACACACGGCUACACAAACACAAAACAGUGCACACCCACUCAUACGUAGAGACAGGCCAAUCAUGAAACUCAGACACUUUUGAUAUGUACUGUAUUUACUGAUAAGCAUUGAUAUAUAUACAUGUAUAUAUGCAAAUGCUUACAUUUUGGUGCAUAUUGUCCCCAUUGCAAGGAACUAGUGGGUCGGCAUUGGAAUAAUCCACAUUGCUAACAAUACUUUUUAAAGUGCUCUGUUAUGUGUUUGUGGGUGUGUGUGCAUUUGUGUAUGAAUGUAUGUAAAAUUUGUACAGGAAAAUGAUAUACUCAUGAUAUAUAGACAAUGUUAAAUGUCCAGUGUUUCUACUUGGAGUUUCUACUUAAGAGAAUCUUGCAAUUUGCACAUCAGGAGGAGGGAGUUGGGUGGAGACAUGAUUUUAAUGGCCCUGUCCUGUAACAAGCCCUAGACCAUACACAUAACACACUGGAGGAAACCAGGGAUUUAACAGAAACAAGUUUGAGGAAUGUUUUCCUUUAGGAAAACCUGUAGUUUAUAUUUGCUGUUCACCAGGCACUUGUCACAUCGUAGAGAAAAACUUUCUGAAAUGACACUUGAGUUUAAGUCAAGUUCAAAUUACAUUCAAAGGUUUACAAACACAAACAUAGUUAGCAUUUUUCAUUGAAAUGAGUGAGUACCACUAGCUGCAAACUAGAAUUUCAGCCUGUGCUUGUCUGUUGAAUUUAAUCAAAGAAUGAAAACAAAGAUCAACCAAGGUAGCUGAAGGAGAAAUGCAGAAUUGUUUCCCACAAAGAGAAAUGAGAAAUUCAUAACAUGACAUUAUCUGUCGUACCCUUAAAUAGGAAUCCUAUCCACUCAGAUCUUUUCUUUUUCGCCUAGUUUUCCACACCAGCUCAUCUGAACAUGUCUGUGCAUACUCCGAAGCAAGUGUCCAGGGUGUAGAGGCCAGGGUUCAGUCCUGAACAUGGUCUCUGCUUUCAGCCAGCCCAAACCCCAUUUUACUCAAACGUAGCAGUUACAGCAACAGGUGUGCUCACCUGCUUGGCCCACAUAUUUGUUGAGCCAAUGGUCCCCCAAUUGGACAUCCUCACAGGCUUUCACAUAUAUGGCAGGCCAACAUCCCACCUCUUUCAUCUUUUUUUUUUUUUUUUUUUUUUUUAGGUGUGAACUGACAUGCCGGAAAAAUGUGUACUACCUGCUGAUCCAUCAUCCGUCAAUUCAUUUUAUUAUACUCAAUACGAAAAGCUCUCAUUGGCAAUAUUUUUUUUCCAACAUGAUGUUGUGUUAAGAAACAGAUAUCGUACAGUUUUCCAUGUUUAACUGCAGGAAAAUUGGAGUGGACCUGUGUAAAAACUGGUAGUAAAGAUAGUAAAAAUACCACCCAUAAUGCUAAGUCGCAUGAGUGAUACGAAAACCAAGGGAUUGCAAAUAAAAACAAACAAACAAUAAUGUGAUGGUACAUGCAUGUUGUUAGGCUCCGAAUGUGGCAUAUUGAAUCUGUCAUGCAGCAUAUUGAUGCCUCUCACAUGCUGCAUGCCACAGCAGAGUCUUGUCAGAAGGGAUAGUAGUUAGAUUACCAUUAGCAGUUUGCUGACACAGCGAUGGUGUCAAAGAGGCGAGGGAGGGGGUGUGUGGCUUCCAGCAUGCAUAUCUGAUGAGCUUUCUAAUCAGCCAUGGUAUGCUGGUGUGCUCAGAAGGCGCAGGUGUUUUUAAGAUGGCAGUGUUGUGGGCUGUUAUUGUCUCCAAGAAAUGAUACUGGAUCAGUUGUGUUUUCAUCCCAGUAACAAUAUUCAGCAGUGAGGUUUAACCUAAAGCCUGAUCCUAAAUCUUUUGUGCGCGGCAACACUGUUGCAGGUGGUGGGAGUUUACCACAGCGAUGGCAGGAUGGAUAUGUGCUCAGGUGGAUGAAGAAUGGAUGGGUAGAUGGUUGGAUAAGUGGGCAGAUGUAUGGUGGUGGUGGGUGAAUGAUUACACCCCAUGUGAGAUUUGAAAAUGCUUUAUUUUUUAUAACAAAACAGGGUUUCUCAGAUCAACAUCGCGGCAGUGCAUUUUCAUUUCUUCCUUUUCCUAUUGAUGCGUCGUGAUCAUUAGCGGUAGAAGUGGUAAUACUGUGUGUGCGUGCAUGUAUGUUGGUCUGUAUGUGUGUUACACGUGUGUGCAUGUCUAUUUGUAUUGCAGUUGUGUGUGUGUGUGUGUGUGUGUGUCCACGAUUUGUUGUCCUACCCCUCUCUCAGCACAAAAGAAAGCAGAUCCACAAUAACAUCGAGACAAACUUGUCAGCCACUCCACUGCAUCACCACUUUUACUCUAGGUCAGGGAAAAACAAAACAAAUAAACAAACAACAAAGAAACAAAAAAAAAAACAACAACACACACACACACAGAGAGCCAAAGCCAAGCAAUUAUGUUGUUGCUUUGGUUACUUAAGAAAGCAAUAGUAUCACAACAUGCAGACAUUCUCCUCAUGUACGAGGGGUACACACACACACACACACACACACACACACACACACACACACACAGAAUCAUUCCACUCAAGUUCUCUGCAAUAAACGUGUAAUAAUCCUCUAGCAUUGCAACCAAAAAGAAGAGGUGUAUGAACACACAGAAUUUGCCACAAAACAUCUCUGUCCCGCCCGUACAGAGGAUAACGUUUUAUCACAGAUCUGGAGCCAUUCGUUUUACGAGCUAAUAAAGGUUACCUGAAUGCAACGCAGUUCAAAUACGCUAUUCCCCCGUAAGCCCAUUAUCAUGAAUCUAAAUCUUUGGGAUUGCAGUUGCAACACCGGUUGCCAGUUUUUUCAGGGAAGUGUCUCAUAUAUGCAGUAACAGACCAUGACCCCCGAAACCUCCUCUGUCCCAGCCGGUCAGAGUCUCACACUCUGUUGCCAUGGGUGCACUUGGUUUUGCAUUCCUUUAAUGCAGAUUUAUAAUAUUCAUUAGGAAUGUAUCACUGUUAUGUUUGAAGAUGACAUACUACACAUCAGAUGCACCUGAAAUAACAACAGAUAUCCAGACUCCGCCCAGGUCUGCCUUGUUGCCACGACUCCCGUAGUGACCUCGUUAACUUUGUUUCAGGUACCCAAUCAUAGCCAGCCAGCCUCACAAGCACCUCCUCCUGGGGCAAAGCAAUCAGUUAAUCCUCAGCAACCGAUAGCUACCUUUUCGAUACGGCCUGGCCUGGAUGUGCCACGGCAGGCCCGGACUGCCUGUUCCCCACUUAAUAUCAUCAUUUAAUAUGCGGUCCCCUUUUCACCACCUACAUGUCCUUAGUAUGCAGAUCAUAGUGUUAAUACUCGGUUUAAUAAUAGAAAACUAUGAAAUAAAGCAAUCUGACACGCUCAAUAAAUUCACAUUGUUUUGAUCAGCUGUGUGCGUUCUGAAUGCAGGAGCGAGAACGGCACAUCAUAAUGAGGUUCCAACAGGUUUUGUUUGAGGGUUUGACGUUCUUUUAAUUUUGCUUUGACUUUUCCAAGAUCAUCCCAAGUCGAACCUUUUAUCCCCUUGAAAUGUACCACAAUGUGCAAUACUUUUAUUUUAUUAUUUCCCCUUUACUGUGCCAAGUGUAUGUAGCAUAGUCCUACUUCGGUGUCUCAUCCUUGUUAAUGGCUCAUGUCUUUGUAUAUGACUGUGUGCUGAUAUGUGUCACAUCUGUCAGACCGAGUUAGGAUGUUUGUGAACAGAAGCAAAACCAACGGAGAGAUUUCCCAUGCCUCUCCUCCACUUUUGUCUCGGCGGCCUUCCUGAAUUUGUGAGCGUGCGUGUGUGUGUGUGUGUGUGUGUGUGUGUGUGUGUGUUAUGUCCUGCUGGUGUGCGUGCAUAUGUGUGUCUGCGCGUGUGUGCACCAUGUGUCAUGUGUGCCAUGACACCGAGUCUUUGUAUGUAUGUUUUGCUUAAAUGCACCUGUUCAAAUGUGUCUGACUGCGUGCGGGUAUGUAUGUAUGUAUGUGUGUGUGUGUGUGUGUGUGUGUGUGUGUGUGUGUGUGUGUGUGUGUGUGUGUGUGUGAGACGCAUGUGUGUAAUCAAGUAUUUUCUCCUAUAUUGUCUGUGAGAUCAUUAACCCUGACCCUCAAUGGUUCUCGGUGAGACCCACAGAAAAAAAGAAAAGAAACCUCAUUCUUAGUGGGGACCACUUUUUGUAAGAAAAAAAAAAAACAAAGAAAAAAAAAAAAACAACCAACAGAGAUGCACAUGUAAGUAGACGUAAAAGACUUGAUAAUGUUUCAGCACUUUCUAAUCCUAGGAUGGGCUUGGUCUAACCCCUCUGUCUCAGACCGGUACCUUCCCUAGGGGUAACAUUCAUUCAAUACAGACAGAGAGAAUGAUGGAGAGGAAGAAGAGGGGGGUGAAUAUGGAUGAAAAAGAGAGAUGGCUCGGUUUAAGUUUUUGCACAUCGCCUUGCCGUAACCUUGCAUUUAUCUGUCUGUGCUCCAUCUCGCUUGGCGCCCGGCGCGUUCUUGGGUCCAACGGGCCGAGGUGUUAGGUGGUUCCUUGGUUCUUUUCUACUGGGAAAACCUUUUCUUAUGGAACACAUCCCUUCUUUUGUUGUGUUCUGGUUUGUGUAGAGCUUUUUCAUCCCUACACUGACCCAACCAAGCUGUGCCAUGCCAUUGUUUUUUUUAUUUUUUUUCUCUCUCUCUUGACAUUUGUCCUUUUCAGUUCCAAGAAAUUUGGCAGAUACAUUCGUAAGUAGGUCAGCACAGCUUGGUUUGGCCGUGUCGUGAGAAAAGGCUGCAUACAAACCUUUGCUUUGUUUGUGUUAUCUUUGGUGCAGGAGCUUUUUCUGUGUUUUUGGUCUCCUUGUAGCACUCAAUAUAAUGUCAGGGGACUUAAAACUAUGUAGAGAAUGUGUCAUUGUUGAGUUUUUGUGACAAGCUUUCUCAUUGGAGGAACACUGCUGAUGUUGUCUUUUUUUUUUUAAUUGGCUUCUUGCACAAAAUGACAAAUAAAAUGAAUGUUGGUGUGCGAGCUUUGACUUUUCGAUCAGAAAAAAGGCAUGUGUGCUCUUUGUUUCUUGAUGUUUGUAUUUUCAUUUUGCAAAAAGGAUGUGUUUUUUGGCACUUUGUUGUGUUUUGAAAGUGAACAGAAUUCGAUCAGGAUUCCUUUUUUUUUUUUUUUUUGUUCAAACUUGACUGUUGUUUGACGUCUUGUCAAUGUCCAUAGCGCUGGAUAACCAACUCAGGCAGAAAGAAAAAAAAAAAAAACUUAUAGAGGCCCACUUAACAGUUUAGUUUCACCCCAAUCAAUUUACAUUGGU